GCAGCGGCUCGGCUCGGCUCGGCGCGGCCCCCGGCUCGGGCCAUGUCGCCAUGUCGGAAGUGAGGAAGUUCACGAAGCGGCUCAGCAAGCCGGGCACGGCGGCCGAGCUCCGGCAGAGCGUCUCGGAGGCGGUGCGCGGCUCCUUCGUCCUGGAAAAAACAAAAGUGGUUGAACCCUUGGAUUAUGAGAACGUGAUCCUUCAGCGCAAGGUUCAGAUCUACAGCGAUCCCCUCCGGGACCUGCUGAUAUUCCCCAUCGAGGAUGUGUCUAUCUCAGUCAUCAGUCGACAGAGAAGGACUGUCCAGUCGACAGUGCCAGAAGAUGCUCUAAAGAAAGCUCAGAGUCUCUUCGUCAAAGAGUGCAUUAAAACCUACAGCUCAGACUGGCACGUGGUGAACUACAAGUAUGAGGAAUACUCAGGAGACUUUCGGAUGUUGCCAUGCAAAUCCUUCAGGCCAGACAAGAUUCCAAGCCAUGUGUUUGAAAUCGAUGAAGACUUUGAAAAGGAUGAGGAUUCCUCCUCCCUGUGCUCGCAGAAGGGUGGGGUGAUAAAGCAAGGCUGGCUGCACAAAGCCAAUGUGAACAGCACCAUCACUGUUACCAUGAAGGUGUUCAAGAGGAGGUAUUUUUACUUGUCACAACUCACGGAUGGUUCCUAUAUUCUUAAUUCCUACAAAGAUGAGAAGAUUUCCAAGGAAUCCAAAGGCUGCAUUUUCUUGGAUGCUUGCAAUGAUGUCGUUCAGUGUCCCAAGAUGCGCCGUUACGCGUUUGAACUGAAGACAAUAGACAAGUACAGCCACUACCUGGCAGCUGAAACCGAGCAGGAGAUGGAAGAAUGGCUGGUGACUCUGAGGAAGAUCAUCCAGAGCAAUACUGAGAGUUUGGUGCAAGAGAAGAAAGACACUGUGGAAUCUGUGCAAGAUGAUGAAUCGGGCACGCAGGGAAAAACGGAGAACAUCCUGGAGAGCCUGGAGAGGAGCAUGCAUCCAGAGCUGAUGAAGUACGGAAGAGAAACAGAGCAGCUGAACAAACUGAGCAGAAACGAUGGAAGACAAAACCUCUUUUCUUUCGACCCAGAAGUCCAGAGACUGGACUUCUCGGGGAUGGAGCCAGACGUGAAGCCCUUUGAGGAGAAGAGCAGCAGGCGCUUCGUAGUGAUCUGCCAGGACUUCUCCCUCAACCUCCUCGCUCAGCUCAAUGACAGGGCCGAAGGAGGACCCACCAACGUCGAGCCCUUUUUCCUGAGCCUGGCGUUAUUUGACCUGAAAAAUAAUUGCAAGAUUUCAGCUGACUUCCAUGUGGAUUUGAACCCCCCGUCUGUCCGGGACAUGCUGAUGGAUACCGCUGCAUCCAGCGCGGAGGGCACCAAGGGAUGUUCUCCAGGAGAGAGCCUUGUGCACGGGGUCCCUGAGGCUUCCCUGCGCUACAUAAAACGGGGGGUUUUCUCUGUGACCGACCCACAUGUGGAGAUCUUCCUGGUGGCCCGUGUGGAGAAGGUGCUGCAGGGCAGCAUCACACACUGUGCAGAGCCGUACAUGAAGAACUCGGACCCGGGGAAGACUGCCCAGAAGGUGCAUAAGGUGGCCAAGCAGGCGUGCAGCCGUCUGGGGCAGUACCGGAUGCCCUUCGGCUGGGCGGCCAGGCCAGUUUUCAAAGACUCCCAGGGCACUCUGGAUGCUGAGGGGAAAUUCUCGCCUCUGUACAAGCAAGACAGUGGCAAGCUCUCCAAUGAAGACAUGCUGAAGCUUUUAGCAGAGUAUAAGAAACCAGAGAAGAGUAAACUACAGGUCAUUCCAGCCCAGUUACGUAUUGUCAUCAAGGACGUCCCGCUAGACUUCACAAAUUGUGUGACAGCUUCUUACAUUCCUAUAAAGCCUUUUGAGAAGAGCUGUGAGGACGUCGCGGUUGAAGUGGAAGAGUUUGUCCCAGAAGUCACUAAAUACUGUUAUCCCUUCACCGUCUACAAAAACCAUCUCUAUGUCUACCCCUUGCAUUUGAAGUAUGAGAACCAGAAGGUGUUUGCAAAGGCAAGGAAUAUUGCUGUCUGCCUUGAGUUCAGGGAUUCAGAUGAAGCUGAUGCCAGGCCAUUAAAGUGUAUAUACGGCAAACCCGGAGGGCAUCUCCUGACCACAAACGCGUACGCUGCUGUGCUGCAUCACAACCAGAGUCCAGAGUUCUAUGAUGAGAUUAAAAUUGAGCUUCCAAUUCACCUCCAUCAAAAGCAUCAUUUGCUUUUCACCUUCUAUCAUGUCAGCUGUGAAAUUAAUACAAAGGCAACAUCGAAAAAGCAGGACACCGUUGAAACUCAAGUGGGGUACGCCUGGGUGCCGUUGCUGAAGGAUGGACGCAUCGUCACCCUGGAGAGGCAUUUGCCAGUUUCAUCCAACCUUCCACCUGGCUACCUAGGCCUUGGAGACCCAGAGGCACGAAGGCAGCCCAGCGUGGAUGCGAAGUGGGUGGAUGGAGCAAAGCCACUGUUUAAGAUCAGACUCCAUUUGGACUCGACCAUUUACACCCAGGACAUGCACUUGCACAAAUUCUUCCAGUACUGCCAGCUGGUGCAGGCGGGAGCUAAGGAAGUGCCAGGAGAACUUGUGAAAUACCUGAAGUGCUUGCACGCCAUGGAGAUCCAAGUAAUGAUUCAGUUUCUACCUGUAAUUCUUAUGCAACUAUUUAGAGUCCUCACAAACGUGACCCAGGAGGAUGAAGUAGCCGUCAACUGCACCAUGGUUCUUCUGCACAUUGUGUCCAAGUGCCAUGAAGAAGGUCUAGAUCACUACUUGCGUUCCUUCAUAAAGUAUGUCUUUCGAGCUGAGAAACCCAGCGUCACCCAGGCGAAGAUGACCCAUGAAAUCCUGGUCCUUUCCAUGGCCACGAUCUUGAAGCAGUCAGCGGAUUUUCUGACCAUCAAUAAGCUCCUCAAGUACUCGUGGUUUUUCUUUGAAGCACUGGCAAAGUCCAUGGCAAUGUACUUACUGGAGGAAAACAAAAUCAAGCUGCCCAGAGGCCAGCGGUUCCCCGACUCCUACCAGCAUGCCCUGCACUCGCUGCUGCUUGCCAUCAUUCCCCAUGUCACCAUUCGCUAUAACGAGAUCCCUGAGGAGUCCAGGAAUGCCAACUUCAGCCUGGCCAACUUUCUGAAGCGUUGUUUGACCUUUAUGGACAGAGGAUUUGUUUUUAACUUAAUAAAUGAUUACGUUUCUGGAUUCAGCCCCAAAGACCCCAAGCUGCUGGUUGAAUACAAGUUUGAAUUUCUUCAAACCAUUUGCAAUCAUGAGCACUACAUUCCUCUGAACUUACCAAUGACCUUCUCCAAACCCAAGCUGCAAAGAGUUCAAGAUGUCAAUCUCGAAUACAGUUUAACUGACGAGUAUUGCAGGCACCAUUUCCUCGUGGGGAUGCUUCUGAGAGAAGCCUCUGUUGCCUUGCAGGACAACUACGAUAUCAGAUAUACAGCCAUCUCAGUCUUAAAAAAUCUCUUGAUAAAGCAUGCCUUCGACAACAGAUACCAGCACAAGAACCAGCAGGCAAAGAUAGCGCAGCUCUACCUGCCGCUGCUGGGGCUGCUCCUGGAGAACCUGCAGCGCGUGGCCGGCCGCGAGGUGCUCUACUCCUGCACUGCUGCCUCCAGCCCCGCAUCCAGGGAUGAAUUCAUGUACAGUUUUGCAUCUCCCUCAAACAGAUCCAGCCUCAUUGCAGACAAAGAUCCAGCCUGUGGAGCAGCACUUCCGAAUGGCCAUGGGAUAAAGCGGGAGGACUCCAAAGGAUCCCUGAACUCAGAGGGGGCAACGAGUAGUUCCCCGGAUCAGAGUGAAAAUAUCCGCAGGAGCUCCACGAGGAGCAGCGUGUCUCACUGCAGCCGGCUGGACCAGUUUGAGAUCCGGACGCUCCUGAUGUGCUACCUCUACGUUGUGAAGAUGAUCUCUGAAGAUACUCUUUUAGCUUACUGGAACAAAUUCUCCCCCCAAGAGCUGAUCAAUGUCCUUGUGCUUCUGGAGGUGUGUUUGUUUCACUUCAGAUACAUGGGGAAGAGAAAUAUUGCCAGCUCCUGCAUGAGAGCCCCCAGCCCUGGCGCUCCCGGCUGCCCGCACAGGUUGGCAGCAUCCCCUGCGGUGAGCUGCAGGGUGCACGAUGCCUGGUUGUCCAAGCACACGGGAGCCGAGAGGAAAUCCCAGACGAUGCCGGCGCUCCGCAGCAGAGCAGGGGGGAUGCAGGUGCGGCUCCAGCAUCUGGGCAGCUUGGAGACCUCCUUCACGCUCAACCACAAUGCCGGCACCUCAGAAGCAGAUAUCGUGCACCAAGCAUUGCUGGAGGGCAAUAUUGCCACUGAAGUGUGCCUCACAGUCCUGGACACCAUCUCUUUCUUCACCCAGAGUUUCAAGACCCAGCUUUUAAGCAACGAUGGCCACAAUGCCCUCAUGAAGAAGGUUUUCGAUAUUCAUCUGGCUUUUCUCAAAAAUGGCCAGUCAGAAGCAGCUCUUAAGCACGUGUUUGCCUCUCUGAGAGCUUUCAUUAGCAAGUUCCCCUCAGCGUUUUUCAAGGGAAGGGUGAACAUGUGUGCUGCCCUCUGCUACGAGAUCCUCAAGUGCUGCACUUCCAAGGUGUCCUCCACGAGGAACGAGGCCUCCGCUCUUCUCUACCUCCUGAUGAGAAACAACUUUGAGUUCACCAAAAGGAGAACAUUUCUGAGAACGCAUCUUCAGAUCAUAAUUGCAGUGAGCCAGUUAAUAGCGGAUGUGGCCCUCAGCGGUGGGACAAGGUUUCAGGACUCCUUGCUCAUCAUUAACAACUUUGCAAACAGUGACAGGCCCAUGAAGGCAACUGCUUUUCCUUCCGAAGUCAAAGAUUUGACAAAGAGAAUCCGUACAGUGCUCAUGGCUACUGCUCAGAUGAAAGAACAUGAAAAGGAUCCAGAAAUGCUGAUAGAUCUGCAGUACAGUUUAGCCAAGUCUUACGCGAGUACCCCAGAGCUCCGGAAAACGUGGCUGGACAGCAUGGCAAAGAUCCAUGUGAAAAACGGAGACUUCUCAGAGGCAGCCAUGUGUUACGUUCACGUCGCAGCCCUCGUUGCCGAGUUCCUGCACAGAAAAAAACUCUUCCCCAGUGGAUGCGCUGCCUUCAGGAAAAUCACUCCCAACAUUGAUGAAGAAGGCGCAAUGAAAGAAGACGGUGGGAUGAUGGACGUACAUUACAGUGAGGAAGUGCUGGUGGAGCUGCUGGAGCAAUGUGUGGAUGGCCUGUGGAAAGCAGAGCGGUAUGAAACCAUUUCUGAAGUGUCCAAACUGAUCAUUCCUAUUUACGAGAAGCGGCGUGAGUUUGAGAAACUAACCCAGCUGUACAGAACGCUUCAUGGAGCAUACGCCAAGAUAUUGGAAGUCAUGCAUACCAGGAAGAGGCUUCUUGGAACCUUUUUUAGGGUGGCCUUUUAUGGACAAACGUUCUUUGAAGAAGAAGAUGGGAAGGAGUACAUCUAUAAAGAACCCAAGCUGACGGGCCUCUCGGAGAUCUCAUUCCGGCUUCUUAAACUUUAUGGAGAAAAAUUUGGGUCGGAGACUGUAAAGAUUAUCCAGGAUUCUAACAAGGUCAACAUUAAAGACCUCGAUCCCAAGUAUGCCCAUAUUCAAGUGACUUACGUGAAGCCCUAUUUUGAAGACAAAGAGAUGUCUGAAAGAAAGACUGAAUUUGAAAGAAACCAUAACAUCAAUAGAUUUGUAUUUGAAACUCCCUACACUUUAUCUGGAAAAAAGCAUGGCAGUGUGGAAGAGCAGUGUAAAAAAAGGACCAUUUUAACGACUUUGAACUCCUUUCCGUAUGUAAAGAAGAGGAUUCCAGUCAAUUAUGAACACCAGGUUAAUUUAAAACCAAUCGAUGUGGCUGCUGAUGAGAUAAAAGACAAGACAGCAGAGCUGCAGAAGCUGUGCUCCGCCGGUGAUGUUGACAUGAUCCAGCUGCAACUCAAACUGCAAGGCUGUGUUUCUGUGCAGGUUAAUGCUGGUCCCUUGGCCUAUGCCAGAGCUUUCCUAAGUGACAGCCAGUCCAGCAAAUACCCUACUAAGAAGGUGAAUGACUUAAAAGAAAUGUUCAGGAAGUUUAUACAAGCCUGUGGAAUUGCUCUGGAGCUCAACGAGCGACUCAUUAAGGAGGAUCAAGUGGAGUACCAUGAGGGGCUCAAGUCAAACUUUCGGGAUAUGGUGAAAGAGCUUUCUGACAUCAUCCACGAACAGCUCUGAAGACAAGAUCUACCACGCAGAUACGAUGCAUUCGCCCUGGAUGCACGACUCCCUCCAUGUCUUCUGUGCCAUCAGUGGGACAUCUGGGGAUGGAAGUUACUGUUCACUCAGACCCACUGCUGAAAUAUAGACAUAGCACUCCUAUUUCACAGAGCUUUCUCAGGAAUAAGUGGAACUGUACGAAGGAUGCUUCAAGGAAUCCAUGAUGAGCAAAGAUGCAGUUCUUUUUUCCCCCCAAAGUUGCCAUGCUUUCAAACAGGGUGCUUGCUUCUUUUGUUGAGCAACAUUGAAGUGCCUGGACACUGCACCACUGUGCUUCUUUUCUACUGUGUUUUUUUUUAAAGCUAAACGUGUAACAGGACAUGGAAAACCAUCUAACUAGGUAUUGAGUUGUUGAACUAUGAAUGGGAAUUGGAACGGUACUGUGUAAAGUUGUACAAUGGAAUAUAAUAAAAUGUAAAACUACUUUGUAAAUAGAAGGAGUCUAUAGAAGUUAGCAUUGUAUCAUAUUUGCUGCUAAAAGCUUUGUUGGACGGGGAACAUGAAGAAGAAAUCGUAGUCACUAGUAAGAGAUUUUCUUCCUCUUCUAAAAAGUAACUUGGGGUCCAGAUGCCCCCAUUGCACUCAGACCCUGAGAGGAGGCUUGUCCUGGUCCGGAACAGCUAAAACCCGAGUCAGAAAUGAUCAUUUUCCCACCUCCUCUGAGCAGAUAAUUCUAAAGGAACCCCAUGAAAGCUGAGCUUCCUACAGCUCAUUUCACCCCUGGCCGGGGGGUUUCUCUCUGUCAUUUGAGACGAGUUUCUCUGUUUACCACUCAUGGUCUCACAAAUGUAAAUUGAGGGCGCCUGAAGUGGGGAAUUAUAUAAUUGGGAAUUAUAUAAUUGGGAAUUACAAAUAUAUAAACACCUUUCAGGAAAAACAUCCAAUAAUCUGUAAGAUGUGCUCAAGGAAACCCAGCACAUCGAUAUAACUCGUGCACAAUUGAGGGGCUUUUACCAUCAUAUGGCAUCUAUGUUCCCUGCUGUUAAACAGCUCUGGUUUCUGAAAGAAAACUGGUUUUUAUCUGACAUGUGGUUGAAGAUCAUGUAUUUUCUGGAAUUCUUUGAUUCCUUCUUCCCCUCCACGAAGCUUUAAUAUAUUAUCUCUGUCUCUAGUGAGACCCUUUCAGCUGCAGGAAGAAGAAACCAGAUGAGGCAUUCUUUUAUCCAGCAAUGUUCAGAACACCCAUGGUUUUCAAAUCCCAUCAAUUGUAAAUAUGGUUCCAGUAGUUCGUAUGGGAAGGAGGCAGGGGGUUAAGGGUGUGUAACAAAAGGCCAUAAUAAAAGGACUCCAGCUGGGUAUUUAGCUUGGCUUAAGUGUCUAUAAAGUAAUAAUCUUCUAAUGUCUGUAACAAAAACUAUCUUCAAAUAGUUUUUGACCACAAUUCAAAAGGUUUAUUAUGCAUGUUUCUAAUUACCUAAAAUGACUCCUCUGCUGAGAACAACAAUGUUGUGAUCCAUAAAUUCAGCCAUAAGCAAAAUACAGAUGUGCCUCUGUAACAACCAGA